CGAGAAAGCGAGCGUAGAAAUACACACUGUUAGGACGACUAGACAGAGUUGAUGUAUUCCACAUACACACGUUACUGAUUUCAUAGACACAUAGCGCACACCUACAUACCUAGGUAAAUAGAGGUAUACAUUCGCUACGUGCGAUCUGUAAAAACUGCAUAUACACUACGACUUAGCGCAGAAAGUAGGCCAGUCUGGGACAGCGGUUGGGUGCCCCUUGUGAGAGAAAUAGCGAGCGCGCGAGAAAGAGUGGGGUAAAGGUGGAGAGCCAUCACGGGGGGUUGACAUAUUCAAGGUGUAAGAGAGGACGGUAUAGAAAACGGAAGAAGGAUUACUAACAUUGAGCAAAGUUGGCUUUGAGAAAAUAAUAUUACAGCUCAUCAGCAGGCAAGCCCGCCACUGAGCUACUAUUAUAACAUUUAUACAUAUUUAUAUAAAUUUAAAUUAUUUUAAAGACUUUUUAUUUUACAUUGUUGUUAAAACUUUCAAAACCAGUGGACGGAUUAUUAUCAUAUUACAGCCGAUUUGGCGAUAAACAAAAAAAAGGGAUUAAAACAUGUGGAAUCCUACACAUGUACAAUUCACAGUUCUGAGAGCUCGAAAUCUGGUGGCAAAGGGAAAAGGAGGUAACAAUGAUGUCUAUGCUACAAUACAACUGGGUAAAGAGAAAUACCAGACAACCACCAUAAAGAAAGCCCGCAACCCAGAAUGGUUUGAAGAAUGUGAUCUUACAAUUAGUAAUAAAGAUUUUGAAAUCAAAGUCAAUCUCUUUCAUCGAGGCAAAAUAGCUGAUGAGCUUAUUGGAUAUUGUAUUAUACCACUACAAGAUUAUCAGGACUAUGACCAACAAAAAAGCCAUUGGGUCACUUUGAAAAGUAAAGCAAAGAAAAAUGGUAUUGUCAAGGACCAGGGAGAACUGGAAGUAUGUUUAAAUUUUCACAUGGUAAAAAAAGAUGAGGAUUUUCCAGUAUUACAGAGAAGGUCAUACACUGGUUCUUUAAGACACUUAGCCACCACAGUGGCUGGCAGAUUGAAAAGGAGUCAGUCCUUGAUCCACCGCAAAGAAAAAGCUAAGCCAACACUUGCUCUAAGUAACAGUUCAAAGGGUUCUGAUUCUAAUAGGUCCUCUCAGGUUUUAGACUUUAGGUCAUCAAAAGAUGAACUUCAUAUGUCUAGCAAAAACACAGGCUGCAGUAAAUCUGCUGAUAAUAUAUUUAUGACUCAACAACCCUUGCAUCAGCAGGCCUCCUGCACACCUUUGACCAUGGCAUAUUUGGAAUCAAAGAUGUACCGAUGUGAUGAUAGACCUCACAGUGUGGCCAACUUGAAUGAAAGGUUCAAAAAGUCCCAGUACGCUACAAUAGAUGAAGUUCUAUCAGACAAUACAAAAGCAAUCCACAAAUCUUUAGAAAACAUUGCAUCAACAACAAAAGACCAAGUUGUCACUAAAUCUUACACGUUACCCAAGAUUACAACUGCAAGUUUUUCUGCAUUGUAUCAGAGUCCAAUUGCAGAAGAGAAUGGUUAUAGUAGAAAAAAUAUUACAGAAACUGACAACAUCACUUCCUCAAUUAAUCCGAAUCCACGGCAGAAUUUCACCGAGAGUGUAAUAAAUGGUGCUAAUGGUGUAAAUCACUCCCUAGAAACAAGUGUCACGUACAGAAAGUCAUGGGAUCAGCCACCACGUGUCAAACUACGCCCGUCCUCAUGCAUUGCAAUUGGAAGCUCAGACAACCCUCAGACACAUCUUCCUGAAAACUCUGCUGUAAGGGAUUUUAUCAAGGAGGCUGCUUCUUCCAUUGUUCAGCCAAAAGUUAAACGAAGACAAAGACGAAUAAGAAAGUAUAAUGCCUACGACUGUGACCAAGAUGCAGACUCCGAGCCUGAUGGUGAAGAAAGCAGAGUUACACUCAAGAAGCUGCAAGAGGAUGCCUUCAAACUAAACUCAAACAAUAAUUUUAAUACUAAAAUACCUUUAAUGCAUCCCAGGACACACUUAGGGUUAGAUUCUAAGGUUAACUCACUUGGUUCAAAUUCUUCCCAAAGGGACUUUUUUGAUGAGAAAGAUGUAAAUAGCUUGUAUAGAGAUCAAAGACGAACUGAUUUGGAUUUUAACUCUAAACAUCCAGAACUUCACAUUCCUGGAUUAAAGAAACGACCGAUAUCAAUUAGCUUUGAUGGAAGACUCACAGACUACUCAGAAAUUUUACCUGGCUAUGGUUCUGACAAUCUUCUCAAAUCCGAAGAUUUGGUAAGCCUAUACCGGAGCAUGAAUAAAGAGGAACUAAUCAGCCGAUUAAUUUGCCAAAAAGCUCAAAUGAUUCGUAAAGAUCAAUAUAUUCGCGGUCUAGAGUCCUAUAUUGAUGACCUGCUAGUUGGAGUCAUUGAACAAAAUCCAAAAAUCCUUAACAGACAGUUUAAUUAUUGAUCCCAUACCAUCCCCAAUAAAGUCAAUUCAACUUUCAGCAUAACAAUUCUGUCAAGAACUUAGAACAAUAUCUUCUCAACUGCUUUUCAGUCCCUGUGUCUGUAAUAUCUCAUUGGAGAAGUAAACACUGUUUAUAUUUUCCAAAAUACUGUAAAUUGCGUUUGAAUAUUUCAUUUGGUCAUUUUAUAGUUUUAAAAUUCUUUCUGAAAAUGUGUUUUAUAAUAUAAAUGUGAACAAAAUUUAAGUAGGUACUUUAAAUUCAAUAUUUUAUAGAAAGAAUGAAAUCUGAAAAAAACAUAUCAAAAAAAAAAUUCGUAAUUGUUUUUAAUAUUCCUAUGUAAUGAA